AUGGCCCCCAUACGGAAGAUAUGGACGGGCAUUAUUUAUUUCUUUGACUAUCUGACAAACUCCCCAAGUCAACUGUAUCCUCCAGAGAAUACUCCAGAUCUUCAGAUCCCGGUGCAAACUGUUCAGCCAAUUCAGCCACAAGCCACCAAAUACCCGAUUUUCAAUCCCCCAGACGACCUCGAAGAUAUCCCUUUUCGAUGCGAAUAUCCCGACUAUCCGGAGAAGGACGGCUGGAGAGCAUGCAACACCAAGACAGACAGGACGUGUUGGCUCGAGAAUGUCAAGACUCGCCAACGGUAUGACAUCCACACGGACUACGAGAACGACGGCCCCAGGGGUAUUGUGCGGCAUUACUACCUGGAGCUUGAAGAAUCCACCUGCGAUCCUGAUGGCUUUGGGCGUCUACCGGUGCAGCUGUUCAACAAAACCUUUCCUGGUCCCCGGAUCCAAGCUUGCUGGGGUGAUCAGGUGCAUAUCACAGUCAACAACAAAUUGACGGGCAACAACACAGGUGACAACCCGGGCAAUGGCACCACCAUUCAUUGGCAUGGCUUCAGACAGUGGAACAGCGGCUAUAUGGACGGCGUCAACGCAGUCACACAGUGUCCCAUCGCUCCCAACACAAGCUUCACAUACAUUUUCAACAUCACCCAGUACGGAACUUCGUGGUAUCACAGCCACUACUCCUUGCAGUAUGCCGCCGGUGCUCUAGGACCGUUCACCGUCUAUGGCCCGGUGUCCAAAAGUUACGACCAUCAAUUGUAUCCUAUCAUCAUGAGCGACUGGCUGCAUAAGAGUGUGUAUCAGAAAUGGGACGCGUCCAUCCAACAGAGUGGGAAACAGAUAUUCGUUGACAACAUUCUGCAAAACGGCGUUGGUAAGUAUAUUUAUUCUCCAGAGCCACUGGCCGCCUCAGAUCGAACUGGCACAAAAACCAAAGGAGUCAAGUACCUGAUGAGGCUCAUCAACGGCGCUGCCGACACGACGUUUGUGUUCUCGAUCGACGACCACAAGUUCUGGGUCAUUUCGACCGACUUUGUGGCGAUUGAGCCAUAUUACACUGACCAUGUCGUGGUAGGGAUAGGACAACGGUACAACAUCAUCGUCGACGCGAACCCGGACCGUUACAGCAGCGACCACAGCUAUUGGAUCCGGACCACUCCGGCGAAGAACUGCAGUUCGUUCGACCCGAACGCGCCCACCCCUGAAGAGCGCACGGGUAUCGUCCGAUAUACUCUCAGCGACGAGUUGCCGAGCACCACGAAGCACCCCUUUGAAGCUACGUGUGCGGACGAGACCUACUAUCGGAACAUAACUCCAAUAGUUCCCUGGACCGUCGGCCGUAUCAGGCACCACGUGGACCCUCUGUACCUCAACAUCCAGCCAAUGAAGGGAUACCCUUACUGGCCGUGCGACAAGACGGUCAACAGAUUCGAGCUCGUGCCCAACAACCCCAUGUGGCUCAACUUUAGCGGGCCGACGCUCUGGAACCUCGACCAGAACUUUACAGAAAAGGGGUGGCUGGCGGUGGUCGACACCGACGACAGGGAGGAAGAGUGGGUGCAGUUGACCAUCAUCUCGGGGCCCAAGAAGUCCAAGUCCCCGCUCCUGCCGCACCCGGUGCCCAAGGUCCCCGGGGUGUACGUGCCCGGCGAACACCCGAUCCACCUGCACGGGCACGACUUUGCGGUCCUGGACCAGUGCGUCCCGGACGACCACACCGAGUGCGACGUGUCCAAGGCGAACCUGACGCUGACGAACCCACCACGCCGGGACGUCGCCUUCCUCCCGGACAAGGGGUACCUGAUCAUCGCGUUCCGCGCCGACAACCCCGGCGUGUGGAUCAUGCACUGCCACAUCGCCUUCCACGCCUCGUCGGGCCUGGCCGUCCAGAUCAUGGAGAACCGACAGAAAAUCGACUUCCCUCCGCCCUGGCCGCAGCGGUUCGCAGACAUGUGCGAGAAUUGGGACCGCUGGAGCCCGUACAUGCACGACCCGGAGGAUCCGUGCGGAUAUCUCGAUCCCGGCGAGGAGCCUCUGCAGACGGACUCGGGCAUCUAG